AUGAGGAGCAGUCAUUUAUUGUUAAACGUUCGGUUGUGUAUCUAUAGUGUUGCAUUUUUGCAUUUGUUGUUCGCGGCGAUUAUGAUUCUCCCAAUUGACAUGUCGCAGGACGAAGAUCCCAGAGUUAGUGUCUACAUCCGUGUGAGAUGGAAAUUGCUUACUUGCUGGUUUAACUUGUUAUCAAUCGCCUACCAGCCGAUCGCGCUGUACUGCGAUUGGAAAGAGAAACGCGGCGAGUGGGAUCACGUCAAUGUGAAAAAAUGGAGGAAAAUACGCGAUUAUAUGAUGACCAGCAUUUUAUUUCCAACUACAAUGUAUAGUGACUUCUUCUUUUGGCGCAUGUGGUUCAAGAAUCCAGCCUUGAUAGCACCGGUAGCUAUUUUCAAAUAUCUACCAUCAUGGGCACAACAUUCCCUGCAUACUGUCUCCGGUGUUAUGGUGAUGCUCGACAUACUGACUUUACCUCGAAAGAGACCUAAAAGUAUAUUACCUGGUCUUAUGGGGUUGGUUGGAUUUUGCUGUUUAUAUUCUACAAUUCUUGUAACAAGUUACUACAGCGGCGAAGUCGUGUACAGCUUCUUGGACAUGUUCAGCCGGUCCCAACUAUUCCUGCUUGGAUUGCUGGCGUUCACUGAACAUUUUUUCUUCUUCACCCUACAAUGGUGCAUUGUUGACUUAGUAUGGGGCAAGACACAAACUGCCGAGAAAAAAGACUAAUUAUCAUUAUUAUUAUAUAAUUAUUUAAUAGGAAAUGUAUUAC